GCAGCGUGACCUUAAAAGGCUUUUUUCCCCCUACACUGAAUCACUGUAUUUCUUGAAGAGGAGAACUAUGGCUAGUUUAUUGGCAAAGUCUUUGCCUGCAUUGUUACAAUUGAAAACGGUGAAUUUUUCCGCCGCUGUGAGCUAUUGCUCUAAAGCGGUCGAUGUAUCCUUUGAUAGCGGUGUGUCUGGUGUCGAGAGAAGAGCUCAAGCACCGCAACACAGUCCCUUAGAUAAUCCAGCAGAUUCCAGUAAUAGUGGCAAACCAGUUGCAACCGCAAAGUCGGAGAACAAAAUUUAUCUGUGGGGUCGCUACAAUGAGAUGAAAAAAUUAGUCCAUGAACUUAUUCCCCCGGGAAUCUGCAACAUUCUCAAUCCUGCAAAUAUUUAUUCAAAUAAUGAGGUUAAGUUGGGAAACAUUGAAAUUUAUGGAUUUGAUUAUGAUUAUACUCUUGCACAGUAUUCCAAUUCCGUGCACACGAUGAUCUUUGACACUGCACGUGAAAUCCUCGUUGAUCAAUACAAGUAUCCGGAAGGGAUCAAGGAGUAUGAGUACCAACCAAACUUCGCCAUCAGAGGUCUCCAUUAUGAUGUGCGGAAGGGAGUUCUAAUGAAGAUUGAUGCUUUCCAUUAUGUCCAGUUAGGAACUGUUUAUAGGGGACUCAAUCCAGUACCAGAUGAUGAAGUGCUUCAAAUGUAUGAAGGAACCCAACAUGUUCCUCUACAUCAAAUGAGUGAUUUCUAUGGCAAGGGUCCUUCCAUGAAACAGUUCAUGGAUAUUUUCUCUCUGCCUGAAAUGACUCUUCUUUCUUGUGUCAAUGACUAUUUUAUUAACCACAACAUUGAAUAUGAUCCUGUUCAUCUCUUCAGAGACGUAAGCGAUGCAAUAAGUACCGUCCAUAUCAAAGGAAUGAUGUAUGAGUGGAUUGAAAAGGACCUUGAAAAUUGUAUUCUUCACGGAGAUGAAACGUAUGCCGUCCUAAACCGCCUGGUUAAUAAUGGAAAGAAGCUCUUUCUUAUCACCAACAGUCCCUUCAACUUUGUUGAUAAGGGAAUGAAAUACAUGGUGGGUGAAGACUGGCGGGACCUUUUUGAUUUGGUGAUCGUCCAAGCAGACAAGCCGAGUUUUUUUACAGAUAAGCGCAAGCCUUUCCGAAGACUGGAUGAUAUGGGUGCACUGCAGUGGGACAAAAUCAGCACAUUAGAGAAGGGCAAGAUGUAUAAACAGGGCAACCUUUUUGAUUUUCUGCGGCUGACGGGCUGGCGUGGAUCCAAGGUGCUUUAUUUUGGUGACCAUCUGUACAGUGACCUGGCAGACCUAAUGCUCCGACAUGGUUGGAGGACAGGAGCAAUUGUACCGGAAUUGGAAACGGAAAUCAGUAUCAUUAACACUGAGCAGUUCACACAUGGGCUGACCUGGCUCCAGGCCUUAACAGGCCUUCUGGAGAGGCUACAGGUUUACCAGGAUGCAGAGUCAAAGCAAGUGCUUGAUGAAUGGAUAAAGGAGAGACAAGAAUUAAUGUCUCUGACAAAGAACUUGUUCAAUCCCCAGUUUGGAAGCAUUUUCAGGACACACCACAAUCCCACCUAUUUUUCCCGGAGGUUGUGCAGGUUCUCCGACAUCUACAUGUCGUCUAUCAGCUGCCUCCUGAACUAUGACACAACCUACACCUUCUAUCCCAGACGGACUCCCUUACAACAUGAAGCACCCCUUUGGAUGGACCAACUCUGCACUGGCUGCAUGAAAACUCCUUUCCUAGAAGAGAUGGUGCACAUACGAUAAACUCAACCACAUCUCACCUAUAGUUUUAUUUCAAAUGGGGCAUCUCUACCUCCUGUACCACGAGAGGUUAUGCCACAGGUGGGAUUUUUCUUUUGAAGAAGCGUGAUUGGACAUGAAAAUGGAAAAUGAAUAUGGUAGGAGUAUUAGAUGGCUUUGACCUGAGUGAUCAAGUUUAAAUGGUAGUGACUUGUGUUGUUGCCCCUUGCUAGACCAGGCCCUUUACCAUCACAGUGUGCUCCAGUUGAUGUCAUUGUUGGCUGCAGUCUCCUCUUUAUAAUUCUGUUGACUCUGUAGAUUUUCUGGGUUCAAUGAGAACGGUGCAAGGUCUAAACAGAUGAGCAUUACACGUUGGUCUACACUACCAGCUAUUUAAUGGAUUCUGGGCUUUUUGGAUAAUUGCAAUUUUGUCCAUGCAUUGUGGCCAACUGAUACAAAUUCAGACCCUUCACUGAGCACUACAAAACUGAAAGUGUAUCAUCACAUUGGGCUCGUAAUUUUCAAAUAAUUCUCAGGCACCUAAGGGUUAAUAUAAGGCCCCCUUGCUUCAUGUCAAAGAGAAUAGCAAAAUGCACUUAAAGUGCUGCUGUAGUACCAUUACAUAUUAAUUCUGAUGUGUUUUGAUGAAAUUGGGCCUCCUAAAGGGGAGAAUAAUCUUUAAUGUGUUUCAUUAGGUGUACUUAUAGAGGGUUUUCUAUUCUAGGGUACUGAGGGAAGCUUAGAAUCCUUGGGAGUGUAUAGGGAAUUGAUUUUUUUUUACUUAGCAUUAGCAACAUGUGCAUUAGCUGUUACAGGAUUACCAUACAAUCUCAGCUAGAUUGACAGCUGACAGUGGAGUAAUUGAAACCAUUUUGAAUUGUUAGCAAGUUAAUUCAAGAUUAAGCUUUUAAAACUAAUUUCCAAAACUGUAAGUUCCUCAUGUCCUGGGUUCUGUGAAUGCAAUGUCACAAGAUGGGCAAGAUUAUACCCCGAGGAUGAGAUAUACAGAGUACAAAUACAUCUGCUAAUCAGCAUAACACUAAAAUUAUCAGUCACUAGAGAAGUCUUAAAGGUCCUUGAAACUGAAUUCGUGCUGCACCUGUCACAACACCAGAACACUGAGGCUGGAUAAUGUGUGAAUUGAUACAAGGCAGUCAGACAAAUUUGCUCCUGAGGGCACAAAUAUUUAGCCUGGAGAGAAAACUUGUGUGGUUCAUCAAGGUUGUUUAAGCAGAAAUUAAAUGCAGUUAUUUUGUGAUCCACUGUUAAAUAUCUUAGUAUGGUUUUUGUAAUGUCACUGAGCUUAUGAAAUUACGAUUGUGACAUCAGGCCUGCACAAAGCAAUUAGCUCUCUCAUCUUGGAUCUCUCUCAUCUCCUGCCCCCUACCCUCCACCUGCUCACAAUUGUCUUCUGCAGAUUACAGAAGAUCGGUUUGGCUGGUCAACCCGCCCAUGCUGUUGGGACACUGAUUCUGACACUGUACAUGGGAGUAAGGUGCUAUGGUGCAAAGUCCUGAGGUAGUUGAGAGAAGAACUCCUCUACGCUCUGAGGUUUUUGUCAGGCCGGACAAUAAACCAAGCAUCUCCACAUCCAUCCUUGCCUGGCUUCUCCUGUAAAUGACAACAUUGUAGUUCACCACUGGUGGAGCAGAGCUGGUGUGUGGCCUUGCUGUCUGCAUCAUCAUGCAGAAAUCUCAGAGCACGGGGGCGCCCUUCUCCAAACUGUUUUUCAAAAAAUUUUGCACGGAGCCUGGAGCCAUUUCUGUGAGCUGGCAAUUGGUGGACAGUGUGGUGCCAGCAGCUGUGGACCCAGAUGUUGGAAGGCUUUGCUCUGCUGCAAUGGAAGGCAAGACCUCUGUCGUCAAUCUUGUCUCUCAUUGCAGCAUGUCAAAAGCUUCCGGCAUCUGUAUUGGAGAUCACUGUCACCACUGUCCUGAAUUCCACUGUUUCCACAGGUUUUGAGAUUGAAUUGGAAGCGGUAAGAUCUCCUUGCAACCCUGAGGAGUGCCAGUGAGUGCGGGGAUCAGAAAUCUGCUUUCCUCUUUCAGGAUGACAGUAUUUAUGCUCCCAGCACCCUUGCAACGAGCAGAUCCUGAUUGCUGCCCCUGAAGUCAUCAGUAUGCAGGCUCUCUUAGCCCAGAGCUGCUAUGUGUUGCCCAAUGCAGCCAUCUCCUUCCUCCUCCACCCUUGUAGGAGCCAUCCACAACCUCAGCAGCAAUCAAAAGGGGACCAAUGUGACGGGGCAGGUAAAGUCACACAUGGGCAACACAAAGGUAAGAGAUAAUAGUUCACAAUGCUGCUACUUUUUUUUUUUACAUAUAAACAUCUUUCCUCUCGAUGUUUCAUGAC